CGGGCUUGUUGAGAAAACACCAAAUUGUAAAGUGAUGAAGGCUCGGACAAAAGUGGUUGAAGACUGGUCAAAACUAAGGGUACAAUCGCUUUGAAUCAGGCGCCAUUUAUCCGAGAAAAGGCCAUUCUACUAGUUAAACUGAUGGUACAUAUAGGGAAAAGAUUCAUUGAUGAUCAGGAACUAAAUGCACAAUUUCUAGAACUUGUCAUCAUCAUCUACAGGGAUGAAGGCCUGAGUGGGACAGUGUUGACAACAAAAUUAGAACAGGCUUUCCUGGCCGGUCUCAGAUGUCAGCAACCACUCAUCCAAGGGAAAUUUGUAGAGGUUUUCAACAGCAGUAUUCCACGUAGAGUGUUUGAAAGACUGAUCUACAUAACAUGUUCACAAAACUUGGAACUGAUGGGUGGACACUUCUAGAUCAGGCAGUGAAUUGAGG